AUGGGAAAAGUUCAACCAGACAAUAAAAAACGAGAAGACAGAUACUAUGCUCAUUUGCCGUCGAAGAAUAUCAACAUCCCAUUACCCGAUAACAGAGCUAUAGCGCUGAGAAAACUAGUUAGCGUCUGGAACUCAUUGCAAAAGGACGAAAACCUGCUCGAAAGAUACAACGAAGUAUUCAAGGAACAGCUACGUCAGCAUAUCCUUGAGAAAAUUCCAAACGAAUCUACACCACAAGUAUCCAGAGUUCAUUACAUUCCUCAUCAUGCUGUACUAACGCCUCAUAAAGCAACAACCAAACUUCGGGUGGUUUUUUGA